AUGGCUGUUAUUCAAAGAGUUGUGAAACCGAGAACAAAACGAGGUAAAAGAAUUUUGUUAAAAAAAGAACCCAAGAUUAUAGAAAACACAAAAAAUUGUGUGUUUAUUCCUGGUCGUAAAUCAUCUUUAUUAGUCAGCAGCUGCAUGAAAGAUUUGCUGAAACUCAAAAAGCCAGAUGCUGUCAUGUUAACUCAAAAAAACGAUGUUCUACCAUUUGACGAUGCCGUGCAAAUUGAAAAAUUAUUGCAGAAGCAUGAUGCAUCUCUAUUUUUUUUUUCAUCACACAAUAAGAAAAGACCAAACAAUUUGGUACUUGGCCGUACUUAUGACCAACACAUAUUAGAUAUGUUUGAAUUAGGUAUUGAAUCAUACAAAGGGUGUAGUGAAUUCAAAGGUUUAUCUGAAAUCUCAGCUGGUGUAAAACCAGUUUUGGUUUUCUUAGGUGAACAAUUUGACAGUGAUCAACAACUAAAACGUGUACGCAAUCUAUUUAUUGAUAUGUUUCAAAGGCAACCACUCAAACAGAUAAGACCAAAUGGUAUUGAGCAUGUCAUGUCUUUCACAGCGGUUGAUAGUAAAAUACUAUUACGUUCUUAUAGGACAGUUUUGACAAAAACCAGUUUAAAAACCCCACGUGUUGAGCUCCGUGAAGUUGGUCCAUCUGUUGAUUUUGUAGUGAGAAGAGAUCAUAUGGCUAGUGCUGAUCUAUUUAAAACUGCAUGCAAAAGACCCAACCUUAAGGGUAAGAAAAUCAAGAGUGUACGUCGUGACAAUUUCGGAUCUAAAUUGGGUCGUCUGCAUAUGACUAAGCAAGAUGUCAAUACAUUGCAAACAAGGAAAAUGAAGGGUUUGAAGAAAACAUACGCUGAGAGGAAAAUGAAAAGGAAGAGUGAUGAAGUUAAAAAUGGCCCAGCAGUUAAAAAACCUAAGGUUGCAGCUCAAAGUAAAAAAUUGAAGAAAUUUAGUAAAAAAGGAAGGAAACUAAGAGGCGGACAAGUUUAA